AUGAUUGUGGAAAAGCUACCAGGUGAAAUAACCACUUAUUAUAGUGUUGACACUGCCGAGGAUUACCCUGGGAGUGAAAGGGAUCAAAGGGCAGCAUUCCCACCAGAAUAUUUGCAUUCUAUCAACAUUCCCGGUAUGCCUCCGCAUGAUUUAAAGCUCAAAGUAGGUGUUGUGGUAAUGUUGAUGCGUAACUUAAAUCAAACAUUGGGUUUAUGUAAUGGGACCAAAAUGAUGGUUACAAAAUGCCUUAAACUCUGUGUUGAAUGUGAAGUGAUAUCUGGGCAUUACAAAGGAACCAAGCAUUUUAUUCCCAGGACGGAGUUGUCGCCUUCGGAAACUACAUUGCCUUUUAAGAUUUGUAGGAAACAAAUGCCACUUCAGAUCUGCUAUGCCAUGACAAUUAACAAAUCACAAGGACAGUCCCUUCAGAAAGUUGCAUUGUUCCUACCAAAAGGAGUUUUCACACACGGCCAGUUGUACGUUGCUCUUAGUCGUGUCACUUCGCCACAGGGCCUCAAGCUUUUUAUAGAUGAUGAUGCUGGAAACAAUACCAACAUAACUCAAAAUGUGGUUUUCAAGGAAGUUUUUUAUAAUCUUCCUCUAUCAGAUUGA